GGUACUGACGAGCGUUGGGCCAGCCCUCUCCAGGCCCCUGCAGCCGGAGUGGCAGUGGCGGGGUAUGGGAGCUGGGCGCGCGGGUCCCUGCCAGCUCUGGUGGGAAUUUCUGCAUCGCCGUGGGCUUUCCCCACAGCGGUCACAUUCUCUGGAGUGGGACACUCACAACUGAACGAACGUUUCCAGGACCGGUUGCUUUCGACCUCCUGACCUUUCCCGGUGUCCGAGCAUCUCUUCUCAGUGUAAGCACAGCAUGGGGCCAGCGAGGGUCCCGGUAAGUCUAGAGGACGAAGCACGGGGACUCGCAGUGCGCCCUGACUGCACAGGUAGAGGUUGCAGCUGGCAGCGGUGCUACUGAUUCGCCUACAUUUUUCUAUGUGGCAGUAACAUGUUCCCAGCGCUGGACGCAGAGUUGAAGCAGGAGGUCGGUACACUCCCCUUUCCAAAACUUCACAGAAACUUAAUCCUAGACCAAAAGGUUCAUUGUGGUGGCCUGCUGGUCCAACUGGAAGAUUGUUUUGUGUUUGGCUUUUGGGGAGGUAGGUAGGUAACGUGACCUUGCUGUGUAGCGCAGGUUGGCAUGGAACUCACUCUGUUGCCCAGCCUGGCCUUGAACUUGCUCCUCCUACCUCUGUUUCCCUGGCGCUGUAAUUCCUAGUGUGCUCUACACCCGCUAGUACUCCAGAUCUGUUAGAGACAGCAUAACUCGAUAUUUGCAUGGAUUGUUUUGUUACCGUAUCCUGUGAAGCAUGUUUGACACUUGUUGCUAAGAAUUCAGUGUCAUCUGAAUGACAUGUUCUGCUUGAGAAUACCUUUUCUUUCAGACUCUUCCUGAUCCCUACGAGGAUUUUAUGCACCAUCAUCUCCAGUAUUAUGGAUACUUUAAAGGGUUUCUCUGUGUAGCCAUGGCUGUCCUGAAACUCACUCUACAGACCAGGCUGGCCUUGAACUCAGAGAUUCAUCUGCCUCUGCCUCCUGGGAGUAAAGUUGUGCACCAGCACUGUGAGCCCAGAAAGGCAAUCUACCAAAUUCUGCUGCUCAUCAGCGUGUUUGGAAGACUAGUCCUCGGUACAUGUUGAAUGGCUCUUUUGGAGAAAGAGACAAUUUGAUCUCGGACACCUUGGAAAAAGAGACAUUUCUAUAUUCACUUAUGCUGAGUUCACCACUUCUUAGGAGCAGGCAGCUUCUUUGUGAUGAACUGGAUGAAGUGAACCCGCGUCUUCGAGAACCCCGAGAGCUCUUGCCAUUUUUCUCUGGCCGAGGGCCACUGCAGGCUCCCAGGUGGCCGAUAGAGUGUGAGGUCAUCAGGGAAGACAUCCAUCAUAUUGAGUGGGUUCCACCUCAGCCAGAAUACUUCUAUCAACCUACAGGAGACGAGAAGAUGCCUGAGGUUGUGGGAGAAGAGCAAGGCACAGUUGUCUACCAGUUAGAUUCAGUACCCACAGAUGGUGCCUACUUCACCAGUUCCAGAAUAGGAGGCAAACGAGGGAUUAUCAAGGAACUUGCUGUUACGUUGCAAGGGCCAGAAGAUAAUACCCUGUUGUUCGAAUCAAGGUUUGAGAGCGGGAAUCUGCAGAAAGCUGUCAGAGUAGGCGUCUAUGAGUACGAACUCACCUUGCGAACUGACCUCUACACAGACAAACACACCCAGUGGUUUUACUUUAGAGUUCAGAAUACCAGAAAAGACGUCACCUACCGCUUCACCAUUGUGAACUUGCUGAAGCCCAAGAGCCUGUAUGCGGUGGGCAUGAAACCUCUUAUGUACUCUCAGCUGGAUGCUGCCACCUACAAUGUUGGCUGGAGGAGAGAAGGCCAGGAAAUCAAGUACUACAAGAACAACACGGGUGAUGGGCAGCAGCCCUUCUACUGUCUCACCUGGACCCUUCAGUUUCCGCAUGACCAGGACACUUGCUUCUUUGCACACUUUUACCCUUAUACUUACACUGACUUGCAAUGCUAUCUCUUGUCGAUCGCAAACAACCCCAUCCAGUCUCAGUUCUGCAAGCUCCGAGCUCUAUGCAGGAGCCUAGCUGGGAACACGGUCUACUUGCUCACCAUCACCAGUCCAUCCAGGACCCCUCAGGAGGCAGCUACAAAGAAAGCUGUGGUGUUGAGUGCCAGAGUCCACCCUGGAGAAAGUAAUGGCUCCUGGAUCAUGAGAGGAUUUUUGGACUUCAUCCUUGGCAACUCCCCAGAUGCCCAGCUCCUCAGGGAUAUUUUUGUCUUCAAGGUGAUUCCCAUGCUAAAUCCAGAUGGAGUGAUCGUGGGGAAUUACCGGUGUUCAUUGGCUGGAAGGGACUUGAACAGACAUUAUAAAACCGUUCUUAAGGAUUCUUUCCCUUGCAUUUGGUACACCAAGAACAUGAUCAAAAGACUUCUGGAAGAAAGAGAGGUUCUCUUGUAUUGUGAUUUCCAUGGGCACAGUCGCAAGAACAAUAUCUUCCUGUACGGCUGUAACAGCAACAGUCGGAAGCACUGGCUGCAUGAGCGGGUCUUCCCUUUAAUGCUAAGCAAGAAUGCGCCAGAUAAGUUCUCUUUUGACAGUUGUAACUUUAAGGUCCAAAAAUGCAAAGAAGGAACAGGAAGAGUUGUGAUGUGGCGGAUGGGCAUCACAAACAGCUAUACAAUGGAGUCUACCUUUGGCGGGUCUACCCUAGGCAGUAAAAGAGACACUCAUUUUACCACUGAGGACCUGAAGUCCCUAGGUUAUCAUGUCUGUGACACUAUUCUGGAUUUCUGUGAUCCUGACCAGACCAAGUACACUCAGUGUCUACAGGAGCUUAAGGAGCUCUUACAACAGGAAAUCCACAAGAAGUUCAAUAACUCUGGACAAGAGAUGGACUUAGAAGGAAGCUGGAGUGACUUUCCUUUGUCCGACAUCGAAUCCAGCACAAGUGGCUCUGACAGCUCCCUCUCGGGUGGUCUUCCUGCCCACCUACUGAGCAUGGCAGAUGAGGAACAGCUGAAUCAGAAAAUGGUGUUAAUGAAGCCAAAGAAGAAAAGACUUCAGACGAGGAAGCAACGAAACGAGCAGCACCAGAACUAUUUGAUGCGGGAGUUAAAGUUGACAGAGGACACCCCAACAGAGUUAAGUGGAAGAGACAAAGGCACCUCCCUGGACCCACCACUGACCAGCCUGGUUCUACCUAAGAAUAAAGAAAUAAUUCAGAGUAAGAAGCCAGGCUUUACGUCAUGCUCUCCAAAGAGAAGCACAAACUCCAGCCUAGGGCCAGCUCCAGAUGUCAAGCCAAACUGGCCUAGGACUAAAUACCCUGCCACAAGGAAAGACCGCACCUCCACGGCGGUGUACCCAUCUUUGCACAUAUACACAUACCCUUAGGUGUGUGUUUCUGCUGUGACAUGCAGGUGCUUCCACCAAAGAUUUUGGGUAGUUUUAUUGGUUUUUGUUUUGUUUUCUAUGCAGUGUUGGGAACUAAACCUAGGGCACUGAGCAUAUGAGGCAAGGCCUUUACCAUUGAACUGUGUCUCCAGCUCCCUUGAAAAUGUUGUGGGUUAUACACAGUUAAAAGAGGAAAUCUGUGAAGGAAGUGGAAACUAUUUGUGGUGUGCUGUGCUGUGUGUUCACGCUGACCUGCACUCUGCACUUCCACUGUGCACCUCAUAAAUUCAGUGCUUUUAUCCUACGGUGAAAUUGUAAUUUGAUGUAUAGAAUAGCCUUUAUUGUAAGUUGAAGCAGAUACUCACGAAAAGACAGCACAUAUUCCACCAAUAGAUGUUCCCUCUAAAGUUAACGUAAGAGAUCAAACUAUUUUAAAUGUGUUUAGGGAACGUGCCAUAUGAAAAAGUCUGUGUCAAAAUUUCCAAAAGGUUAAAUGACCAGUCAGACUAUGGUAUAUCAGGUUUUCUCAAAGUGAGGUAUUUCUAUCUAGAAAAAACAAUUACAUGUAUUACUUAUAAUUUAAUGUUGCAUAUAUUAUGUUCAACGAGGUUGUGUAAAUUUUUAGCUCAACCAUUAAAAUUUUUUCUCCCUG